AUGGGCGGAGCCGCAUCACAUUUCAGCGACACGGACUGGGAAAAGGCAGAUGGAGGAUUGAAAGAGGCUUCGGAAACGUUUGACGGAACAAAACCAACCGAGGGACACGCCCUCUUCUACUUGACCAAGGAAAAGAGCCUCGUCAACCAACGCGAUUGUGAAUUACGAGAUGAAGAUAAUACCUUACUGUAUACCACUUGCGCCGUGGAAGGGACUACUAAAGACUUUGAUCUGACGGACUCGCAGAAGCAAAAGAUCUUGCAUGUACACACCAACUCACUCCGUUCCAAAUGGGAAAUCUACAGUUACAAGGCUACCUUUGAAGGACAAACACCCGCGACUGAAGCGAAAGUAGUAGUAAAAGAACCGUUGUAUCACAAAGCUACCGUGACCAUUACCUACGACAAAUAUCACGGUGUCAUUCGUCUCACGGAAGCCGCCCCAGAAAACACAGCUGGCAUCUUGUCCCACGACGCGGUUCUGAAAAUUGAAGAAAUCAAGAGCAUUACCGCGCAAUUCCAGAGUUGUGUCCCGAAACUUGGAUUGAUGCACCCCAAACUGUGCGGAUACUGGGUACGGGAACACACGGCCAAAACGGAUCGCAUCAAAGUCCAUUUGGCCAAGGGAAGUGAUGUUUGUUUGCACUCUAUCUUGGUCGUCAUUACCAAUCUUUUGCAUGUCGAACGACAGGCAGAAAAGUGCCAGUAG